AUUAUAUAAUCCGCCACCACUGUUGAGAUGAGCUUCAGGCUCUCUGUUGGAGAGAAAACAAAGCCAAACUGAUCCUACCCUUCUCUCAUAGCGAAAAUCUCAUCCCAUCACUUUUCCUCAGAAACCCAUCUUCUCAGAGCGGAGUAGAGGAAGCACGGCGUAGCCUCGGCCAGCAGGGUUUUGGUUUUACUAUUCUUCAUCCCUGUUGAUCAAGAAUGCAAUUCUUUGGGGGUUCUGAGAUCAGUCCUUCACCUCCUGCUCCAGCAGCUCCAGGAAACAAUGGUCAUAUGAUGUAUGUGUUUAAUAGGAAUGGUGUGUGCCUUCUCUAUAGGGAGUGGAAUCGCCCCUUGCGGACAUUGGAUGCCCAACAAGACCAUAAGUUAAUGUUUGGUCUGCUUUUCUCUCUGAAGUCUUUAACUGCCAAGAUGGAUCCCACUAGUGCUGCUGAGAAAGGAAACCUUGGUAUGCCUCAGUUACCUGGCCAAGGUUGUUCAUUUCACAGUUUCCGCACUAAUACAUACAAACUUAAUUUCAUGGAAAGUCCUUCUGGAAUAAAGAUCAUCUUGGUGACUCAUCCUAGAACUGGUGAUCUACGGGAAUCCUUAAAGCGUAUCUACAAUUUGUAUGUUGAUUAUGUUGUCAAGAACCCGCUUUAUACACCUGGAUCUCCUAUUAGAUUUCCUGUUGCCACGAGAAGCUUUUUGACUGGAUAAACUUUUAAUGGGUAUUCAUAGGUGUGAGCUGUUCAAUACAACGUUGGAUCAGUAUGUGCGAGGCAUUGCGUAGAAGCUGAGUUGUCUUCAUUCAACACUGUAUAUGACUAUUGUGGUACAACGCCUUGUUUUGCAUGGUGUAUGUUGGAGGCAUUGUGCAUAGAAGCCGAGUUGUUUGACUUGUUUCCAUCAAACACUGUUCAUUUCAUUGAUUUUAUUGAAUCCUACAAUGUAUGUUACCCUGUAUUUCUCUUCAAAUAUAUAUAACAAACUCAAGAUACCUAGUGUUACACAUGAUUAGGUAUGAUCUCCAAUUUUGCUCUCAACGCUAAGAUUGGGUGCAUGUUUGGAUUAAAAUCUGCUUCUUAAGUUUGAA